GCAGAGUGAAGGAGGAAAGGGGCGGAGUUUCAGUCAGGCAGUGGCGUCGUGGUAUGUCUGUAACUUACUGCGGUAAGUUUCCAGCUAAAAUCUUGCGUUUUUCACAAUGACAUAACAGUUAAAGCUACUUCUAAGCUUCACUAUAACAUCCAAGCAUCGCAUCCCUUCUCUGAUUGGACAGCAGGGAUUCAGAGUCUCCGGGCGUCAUGGCAACAGUAUCCCAGGGAUCAUGGAUUUGAGUGAUGAGUUUGACAGCGGGACGGAGGCCACAGAUGACCUAGCGUCGUUUGAGGUGGUCAACCUGUCGAACCCGGGCCUGCUGGAGCUGGGCACAGACGCUGACGGACACGUCCAGGAGUCAAAGGACAGGACCAAGCUCAAAACAAAACUCAUUUCAGCAUGGAAUAAUGUCAGAUACGGAGGCUGGUCUCUGAAGAGCAGGCCGCGCCUCAGUAAGAGCAUCCCCGUGUGUCUGCUGGGACAGUCCUAUCAGCUAAGCUACAGCGGUAAGCAGUGAGUGACUGAAGGCUCGCUGUGUGGUGUUUUCACUGUAAGUGUGUGUGUUUCCUCUCAGGAGAGCGGGAGUGUUUCCGGCGGGCGUUCUCCUCUCUGUUGUGGAUGACCUACAGGAGAGGUAUCCCGCCGCUGGACGGCUCGGCGCUCACGUCUGACGCGGGAUGGGGCUGCAUGCUCCGCAGCGCACAGAUGCUGUUAGCUCACGGACUGAUGCUGCACAUGAUGCCCGCGGGCUGGACGUGGCCUGUGACGCAUCAUCAGACCAAAGAUGACCUGGAGGUGGUGGACGCUCGUGUGCUGGACGGUCCCCUCAGAGAGAGCCGGCGCGACUCAGGAAAGCAUCGCAGACGCAGUCUGGGAACCACGCUAGACUGUGAGACUCACGAGGAGCAGACUCACAGGAGGAUCGUGUCCUGGUUCGGCGAUCUGCCCUCCGCCCCGUUCGGCCUGCACCGGCUGGUGGAGUUGGGCAGGGACUCUGGGAAGAGAGCGGGCGACUGGUACGGACCGGCCAUUGUGGCCAACAUACUGCAGAAGGCCGUGGCAGCGUCCGAGGUGUCCGAUCUGGCGGUGUACGUGGCACAGAACUGCACAGUGUAUGUUGGAGACGUGUUAAACCUGUGCGGGACGUCCCGUACAGAUCUCUCCGCGAGCUGCAGGUCUGGCUGGAAGCCGCUGGUUCUGCUGGUGCCUGUGCGUUUGGGCUCUGAUAUGUUGAAUCCGGCUUACACCCGAUGUGUCAAGAGGUUGCUGGAGCUGCGCUGCUGCAUGGGGAUCAUCGGAGGGAAACCCAAACACUCGCUGUUCUUCGUGGGAUUCCAGGAUGAUCAGCUGAUCUAUUUGGAUCCUCAUUACUGUCAGGCUGCUGUAGACGUCCAACAGGACAACUUCCCUUUAGAGUCGUUUCACUGUAAAACUGUCAGGAAGAUGCCGUUUAACCGCAUGGACCCGAGCUGUACGGUGGGUUUCUACGCCGGAAGCAGAGCGGAUUUCCAGGAUCUGUGCUCAGACGUCACUAAGGCUCUGACGUCAUCCGAGGAGAAGUACCCCAUCUUCACGUUUGUGGAGGGUCAUAAUGAGGAGGAGAUGAGCUGUACGUCAGACUCAUUCACUCACAUGAAGUCCAAAGACAGGCCGGCCCGAAUCAAAAAGAAGAGCUGUUUGGAGGAGUUUGUGCUCCUGUGAUGCACACACUCUAUUUCCUGUUUGGUGCUCCAGUACUUCCUCCAGUUUCAGUCAUGUGAU